UUCACAGAGACCACUAAUGCCGAAUUUAAUGAGUUUAAAUUCGAGACCGAGUUUUAAGACAGCGUCACGUUUGCGCCUUUAAAAAUACGGUGGGAAAGCUUCAUUUAAUUUCAGACAUUUUCUUGAGUUUUGGAGAGAGGAGCAUAUUUAAAUAGGUUUGAUCCAGCUAUUCUGUUGACAAGCAAACUCUGGUGGGUGCUGAAAAAAAAACAUAUUCGUGUGAGUGAAUAUCGCUGUAAAUCCUUAGUUUGGCGAUGUGAAACACAACACUGUCUACACACGGACCGUCAAUAAGAGGGAUGGAGACCAAACCCUUGGAUAGAUGGAGCUUUGGACAUUGGAGACCUAUGGAUCAUGUGUUCUUCCUGGUCAUGAUCCUGCUACCCUUUUCUGUAAUGCCAGUGAGCUCAAAUGGCUCAGUAACUGGGUUUCCAAACAACACAUCACCAACAAAUGUAUUUGCAACCUCAACAAAUGUAUCUGCAACCUCAACCAAUGUAUCUGCAAUGUCAGCGAUAGUCAUAACAAGACAUUUUACCACGCUACCUCCAACAACAAUUAUAACAAUGACAGAAACCCCAACCACAUCUUCACACCUGAGCAAUCUAACAACAUCCAUGACAGGAUUACAUACAACUGAAGCCACAACUUCACCUAACCAAACUGUGGACACUACACCACACCCAUCCACCAAUGUUAGUUCUUUUUCUAACACAUCCAUGAUGUUCACAACAUCAACAGCAAUUAAACCUGAACCAUCAUCUCCCUCCAUUCAAACCAAUUCAACACAACUGCUAUUUUCAACAACCAUGCAGCUCACAUCAACUGUUCAAACACCCAUGCCAUGUGACUUUCAUCAAAACUGUAAUCAGACAUUUUACUUCAUGAGUAUGUCAGUUGAGGUAACAGGAGAACCACAAAAGGAUCAAAAUAUCAGAACAUGGCUUGAAGAGGUUUUCAAAAAGAACCUUGACAGUUCAUGUGCACAAUAUUCCAGUGUGUUGACAAUGAACACCAGCCUGUUUGAAACCAUGGAGGUCUCAUGUAAUCCAGAAAAUAUUACAAAGGAUGCAUUUUGCACUGUUCUUCUGAAGCUGAGUAAACCUGUCAGUGUUUGCUGUAUUCGAGACACUAUGAUGAAGGCAGGGGGAAACUCAUCCAUCAAUGUAACAAAGGUGGUAGAAAUUGAAAGAGUGGGUGUGUGUGGCGCAACAAAUGGACCAUAUAAUAAAUGCAAGCAGUCAGUCAAACUUGAAGAUGUGUGUAAUUCGAACAUGCAAAAUUUCACAUGUGGAAACAGUUCCAGUAUGAUUAUUCCGCUGGAAACCGGUGCUCAGCAGAACUGUACUGUUAGUCCACCACCACCAAGUGGAGUGCCCUGUUUUUGUUCUUCAUACUGCAACAACUCAGAUGCCUAUUACAAUAUUAACAUUGAUGUGAGCAGUAAAUUGAACCUCGCUGACACUGAAUCUUCUGUUUAUCAGUUGCUGAAAAACUCUACCUGCAACAACACAUCAUCUGAUUGUAUGAUUAUACAAACUUUCAGAAGUCGCUAUAGGGACUUGCGAGUGAUUUGUUCACAAGGGAAAGGGCGACUGAAUUGUAACAUUAUAAUGAAACUAAACACAACCAUGGACUUGUGUGAUGUUCACACAGCUUUCAGGACCAUCAUUACAUCACAAUUCUCAGUGAACAUCAUAAGUAUAACCAGAGUGGCUAUGUGCUCUUGGAACAAUUCUUCUGAACCUUUAAGACAAAAUGUCACUUGGGUGCAACCUUUGGUUACAAAUUUAAAUUCUGCUGACUUCUGCAUGAAGUCAAACAGAGAUGACUUGGUUGGUUACUGCUCACAAGGUUCAAGUGUAGUUCUUCCUCUGUUUGACCCUUGUAAUUCAUCCGUGCCUAUGGCCACAGCCUCCCCACCUUUCACAAGUACACUCUCCACGGCAGCGCCAACUUUUGUGACACCCUCUGUGAAUGAAACACUCUCAAACACAACCACCAUUAAUGCUACAAUCUCCACAACAGUGUCUCUUGAGAAUCAAACAUCUUCAUCACCUGCUAAUGUUACAGUCAUAGUGUCGACAACAACAUCAGUGAUAGAUGCUGAUCAAUUGUUGAGUAUGACUGCAAAUGCUUCAUCUUUAAAUGCCACUCAGGUGGACCAGAUCUUAUUGCAGCUCGAGUCUCUCCUCUCUGGGCCCAACGUCAGUCUGGCUCUGGGAAAUACUUCUGUCAAAAUUGUCGGCAACCUCCUUGAUGUUCCUGUAGCUGUAAUAACUCCUUUCUCCAAGAGGGCGAUUGGGAUUGUGGACACAGUUGGUUUUAAACUAGUUGUGUCAGGAGAAAGUCAAUCAAUACUUUCUCCAUCUCUGGCUCUGGCAGUGAAGAAAGUCGAUGGGGCCAACUUUCAAGAGACGGCCUUCUCUAUAACUGACCCAUCCAACUUACAGAUCCGUGGGGAAUUCACACAGCAGAAAGAUGUUGUGGGUCAGGUCCGCUCUACUCCCCUGGGCUCGAUAACUCUCCCUGCCUCCCUGACACAGAACCUUACUACACAAGACCAGCAGUUUGCAUCCAGAGUCCAGUUCAACUACUACCAAAAGAGUACCUUUUUCCAGGACAAAGCACUUGAUCAACGUAAAUUAAAUAGCGGGAUUCUAAGUACCAGUGUGGGCAAUGUGAGCAUCUCAGGUCUGCAGAAUGAGGUGGUGAUAACCCUGAAGAACACAGAGCCCAUUCCGGCUAACUAUGUAGCUUCCUGUGUAUUCUGGGACUUUGGCUUAAAUGGUGGCUCAGGUGGCUGGAAUUCUCAAGGGUGCCGUGUGAUUAACUCAACUUCUGAAGAAACGCAGUGUGGUUGUAAUCACCUUACCAGCUUUGGCAUUCUGCUUGACAUUUUCAAGGCUCCCAUAAGUGCCAGGCAGAACUUAAUCCUGACAUACAUCACAUUUAUCGGCUGUGGCAUCUCGUCUAUUUUCCUGUCUAUCACCCUGCUUACUUAUCUGGCUUUCGGUAAACUACGCAAAGACAUCCCAUCUAAGAUCCUUAUUCAGCUGUGUAUAGCCUUGCUGCUGCUAAACCUGGUGUUCCUGUUGGAUGCGUGGCUGGCUCUGUACCCGUAUGCUGUAGGCCUUUGUAUCUCAACUGCCUUCUUCCUGCACUACUUCCUCCUGGCGUCCUUCACCUGGAUGGCACUGGAGGCCGUCCACAUGUACUUAGCCCUUGUUAAAGUGUUCAACACCUAUAUUCGCCGCAUCAUGAUCAAGAUGGGACUUGCUGGUUGGGGCAUUCCACUCAUUGUAGUCAUAAUCGUCAUUGCCAUUGACAAAGACAACUAUGGCCUUGUGCCAUACGCAAAGUUUCCAGAAGGAACGGCAGACGAUUUUUGCUGGAUAAGAAAGGACAUUGUCUUUUACGUCGCCGUGGUGGCGUACUUCUGUGUCGUCUUCCUGCUGAAUGUCAUCAUGUUUAUUGUGGUGAUGAUCCAGCUCUGUCGCAUUAAGAAGCAGAACCCUCACAAUGUGCAGAAUCGAAGUGGCUGGCAGGAGAUGCGCAGUGUAACUGGACUCACUGUGCUUUUGGGUCUCACCUGGGGAUUCGCUUUCUUUGCCUGGGAACCUGUUAACCUGGCCUUCAUGUACCUGUUUGCCAUUUUUAACACUUUACAAGGAUUCUUCAUCUUUGUGUUCCACUGUGCUAUGAAAGAGAACGUCAGACGGCAAUGGAGAACAUACCUGUGUUGUGGCAGACUGAGACUGGCAGAAAACUCAGAAUGGAGUCGCACAGCAACUCAGAAGAUUAAAAAAGCCUCAAUGAAAGGGACAUCUAUGUUCCGUUCUUCACACUCGGCUCAGUCCAGUAAUUCCAGUUCCUCUUUUCUGAACAAUGACAGCAUGAUACGUGCCAUGCCAAUGGGCAUCAGCAACCCAAUGGACGAUAGGAUAAUAACAGCAUCAGAAUUGCCCAUCUCAGGCAUGAUUUUGAAUGAGAUCAACGGCAACUACCGGAAUCAAAGAUCAUACUGAAUUAACUGAUCAUAACCACAAUCAUUCCUACUGUAUCUGCACAGGUGUCCCUUCAUGUGUGUGUUGUAAAGUGUGUAUUGUGAGUCUCUGUGUUUGACUGGUAUUUACAUAAAUUAUUGACAUUUGUAUAUACAACAGAAAAUAUUGUAAUUAUUGACACACUUUAAUCAAAGCAGUUAAAUAACAAAGCUACCACGGCAACUAAAAACCUUUUAAACCAAUAAUGAUAGCAAAAAAAAAAAAAAAACAAGACAGAAAAUAUGGGAUGGUUUAAGGCUGAUCCAAUAGCUUCCUGUGAACAGUUAGCACUGGUUAAUUGUGUACGUAAUUAUUUUGCUUAUAUGCUGUUUUUCAAUUAAAUGUUAUGAUUAUUUUAUAAA